UUUCCAACUACGGUAAAUGAAAGCAAUUCUAAGGAAAUAUGGGUGCAGCGGCAGAUGAGGGUGCAGUGACAGAUCAGGGUUCGGAGCAGAGCGACCAGGCAGGAGAAAGGAAUUCAACUUCUUCUGGAGCGACAUCUUUGAAUGCAUCACGCAGCCUUGAAGAAAUCCAGAAAUCACAUGCUGAAGAGGAACAUAGUCUGAAAAUGAAGAUACUUGAAAAAGAAAAGAGGAACCUUGUGGAACAGCACGAGUUAAAGAUGAAAAUACUACAACUUGAGAAGGAAGCGCAGCAAAUAAAUAUCACCCAAAGCCAGCAAUGUAUUUGUCAUUGUCAUCAAGUUAUAAUCUUUAAUAAAGCUGCAUCGGGUUAUGGCACCAAUAAAGCUCGUCUUGGGAAAGACUCGGAGAAAGAUUUUGAUUGCUGUUGUCUUGCCUUACAACCAUGCAAGAACCCUGUCAUCACGAAAGAUGGCUACUUGUAUGAUAAGGAAGCCAUCUUGGAGUGUAAUCUCCUGAAGAAAAAAGAUAUCAAACUUCAGAUGAGUGAAUAUGAAAAACAAAUCAAGAAACAAGAGAAACUGGAUGAAGAUGGAAAGAAAUCACAACAAUUGAAGAGAGUCCAAGACUUUGUAGAAUCAGAGAGUAGUAUCAUUGGCGGAGCCUCUUCUGCUAAGCGAGCAAGGACGGGCGAGGCGUCGACAUCGAACGGUACCAAGUUGGUUUCUAACAUGAUUGAUGGCAGAAAUAAAGAAUUGGCGAGCUUCUGGAUCCCUGAACACACUCCGGAUGCAAAACCAACCCUCGUCAAAAAACCUAAACUGGAUGAAGAUGGAAAGAAAUCACAACAAUUGAAGAGAGUCCGAGACUUUGUAGAAUCAGAGAGUAGUAUCAUUGGCGGAGCCUCUUCUGCUAAGCGAGCAAGGACGGGCGAGGCGUCGACAUGGAACUGUACCAAGUCGGUUUCUAACAUGAUUGAUGGCAGAAAUAAAGAAUUGGCGAGCUUCUGGAUCCCUGAACACACUCCGGAUGCAAAACCAACCCUCGUCAAAAAACCUGUGAGUUAAAAACCAUCAAAUCUCUGUUACAUUAAACUUUGUGACUGAUUUUUGGGCAGAUUUCUAAGAUUGAUUGCAUUGUAAAAAUCAACCCCACAAUCAAUUGCUAAGCUUUAUGUAACAUGGCUCAGUUUGAUUUUUUUUAUAAUGCAAAUUCUGUGUUCUUGGGUACUCUAACAUCAAAGUGUAUAUUAUGUAAUGACAUGAGACCCAGGAAGGAUUUAAUGAAACAGGGCACUAUCUUACAAGAGUUGCAAG